UGAUCGGCUGCAGGCCUGUGAUGAUGUAAUCAGCAGAGGAACCGCUGACGACGUCAGAUUACCGACAGUCAGUCUAGUGUCGUUCUGACACUCAUUGUCUCUAGAUCGGGGACGUUGUUAUAUGGGAACUAUUUGGGAUUGGAUCACUCGUCAGACUUGAAAAUAUCCACCGAAUACAGGAACUCCCUGCUGCUGGCCCAGUCGUUAUUUUGGUCAACAGAAAAAAACGGCGAGAGACGAAAACAAUUAUAACGUUACUGGUCAAAUAUCUUAUAGGUGAACUUGGUGAAGCAGUUAGGGCACAAAGAACGGCGUCAUAAUGCCAAGGAAGGCAGUGGUCCUUUUCUUGACCAUAGCAGUAGUUGGAACUAUUGUAGUGACCUACUACAAUGGUUUACCAGCCAGACAGAUACUACAUCUUUUUGAUUCGUCAGUAGUGGAGAAUUUUGACUAUUCUGAAAGCAAGACAGUAUCCUUUCAUGGUGGGAAACACGAGAAGGGGCACAAUGCAGACGUGGAUGUUUCUGUGACUAACAGGACUACUCAAGAACCAUACCAAAAAUGGGUACCAAAAGCCCUCACUCAUUCACCAACAGCACUGGUAUUGAAGAGAAAAGGCAUCUCAAUGGAAGAAUUUAGGAAGACCAGAUAUUUACGUUUUAAUCAGACGGCACCGCCAUGGUUCUCCCGUGCUGAUGUGGAGAGGUUGAUAUUUCUGGCUACAGCAAACAUUUCCCAUGUCCUCCCCCACCCCCACGCUUCCCUCAACCCCAUAGUGUUUGAUGACAAUAGUGACAAGACGCCGCAGAUCUCAGACACCGAACAGUGUGAAUCUCAAUGUGGCUUAUUAAAAAGUGCCCUGGACAUCUAUGAGGUGCUUUCCUUCCACCUGGACCGUGUUCUCGGUCUGAACAGGACAUUACCCGCUAUCGCCAGAAAGUUCAGUGGACUUUCCCAGCUGGGCUACCGUUUCCGUGACGGUAAGGCACGCCCACUCAUCUGGUGGGACCCCGACAUCGCACAUGGCGGAAAGUUCCAGAAUGAUCAGAACUCCCUUGAGCUGAGCUGGCUGAACUACACGACUGUUCUAAAGAACCGGUGCUGGGCAGAUGGGACCACUCCUGACCCAGAACAGUUCUGCACUCCCAUCAAGCAUAUUGAGUGGAGCAAGCUUGCUAUGUUUGACUUCCUACUGCAGGUCUUUGACCGCCUAGAUCGCAAUUGUUGUGGAUUCAACGAGACAUUAGAAACUGAAGAGGAAGCAUGUUUUACAGACGGCAGGCACCUUGAGUGUAAAACCCCAGACGUGCUGAUGCUGGUACAUAUGCUGACUCGGAAUUCAGACCGGAGCCGUCUUGUCUACAUUGACAAUGCAGGGAGACCAUUUCGGUCCAGGAAAAACCUAGACUGGCGGUUACUACAGGGCAUAGACCAGUUUCCCGAGGGCCCGAUCGCCCUGCUCAGGGACCCUGCCAGACUCCGCCGCAGUCUCCUGCAGUCCUUGUAUAUUGACAGGACGUUCUGGAAGUCUGUAGGGACCAAGACUGCACUGGAGGUGGUACAGAAUGUCGUCAACAGAGGGCAGCUAUUAGUCAAGUACAUAGACAAAUACAAUAUCGCUGUGGUGCCAGAUUAUUAACUAAUUGUAUCACUUUAAUUAACCUCUUGAAUUGGUACAAUUGAAACAGUGUAUUGAAUCGUGCAAUUAUUGACAAAAUGGUGAAAAGAAAAUAGUAGAUUUGACAAGUGUAAAUAUAUUUUUUGAAAUGUUGUCAUCAGAUAUGCAGUAUGUUGUUGCUUGUCUUCAAUAUUGACAUCUUCAAACAGAUACAGCUGUUUCACAUUUAGCACAUGCCCAGAUGCAGCUGGACACUGAAGAGGAAUGAGAGGUGGAUUUGGGAAUGACAAAAUAUGAUACAUGUUUCAAUACAGUUAAUGUUACAUGUAGAAAUAUGGCCCAAUGAGAACAAUGCCCGUUGACAAUGGUAACAUUUUAUCAGUGCCAAAAAUGAAGCUUUGAACUCAAUUUGAAAAAUGAAUGCCGAUGAUAUCCGUUUGACUGGGGAUUGUGAAGAAAUGAUCAAAGUCUUCUCAAAAUAAGAAGGAACUGAACUAUUUCAGAAUAUUUUCUAAAAGCACUUUUUUUUAUCAUUUUAGUAAUUUUGUCAAAACUUCCUGUACUUGUCAAUGAUACCUCAAUCCAAAUAUAUGUUACAUGUUUUUCAAAA